UCUCCGCUCUGCAACAGGUAACACCCCAAACCUCAAAUCUCUGUGCCAAUGCUUGUAAUCUACUACCACUGCUGUAUGCCUAUAAAUCCUUGUGCCAGGAAGUAACAUUUCUCUAUCAGGAAUCUCUUGGGAUGAUCUUCUGUGCACAUUUGCUUUCUACCCAGUCUUAAGAUUUGCAGUUUUUUUUUGGUUUUUUUUGGAGAGGAACAGCAAGCACAAAAGAAGACAGGAUCACUUUAACAGAAGGUAAAGGAACAAAGAAUAAAAUGAUGGAACUGAAGAUCCAGCUGAUCCCGACAGGGGAAAUCAUCCUUCCUCCGGGGAAGAACGGAGAAAACUACUGCCACAACUGCAAGGUGGUGGGUAGUGACGGGGUGCGGGCUAUGAUGGAGUCGGCCCUGACAGCCAGAGACCGGGUGGGCGUGCAGGACUUUGUCCUGCUGGAGAACUACACGAGUGAGGCAGCCUUCAUAGAGAAUCUGCGCAAACGCUUCAAAGAGAACCUUAUCUAUACCUACAUUGGUUCAGUGCUGGUGUCAGUUAACCCAUACAAAGACCUGGAGAUCUAUACCAAGAACCACAUGGAGCGAUACCGUGGGGUCAACUUCUACGAGGUCUCACCACACAUUUAUGCAGUGGCAGACAACUCAUACCGCUCCAUGAGGACAGAGGGGAAGGACCAGUGCAUCCUGAUCUCAGGGGAGAGCGGUGCCGGGAAGACGGAGGCAUCCAAGAAGAUCCUGCAGUACUACGCCAUCACCUGUCCAGCCAGCGAGCAGGUGCAGACAGUCAAGGACCGCCUGCUGCAGUCCAACCCUGUGCUCGAGGCCUUCGGCAAUGCCAAGACGUUGCGUAAUGACAACUCGAGCCGCUUUGGCAAGUACAUGGACAUUCAGUUUGACUUCAAGGGAGCCCCAGUAGGAGGUCACAUCAUCAACUAUCUGCUGGAGAAGUCUCGUGUGGUCCACCAGAACCACGGAGAGAGAAACUUCCACAUUUUCUACCAGCUGAUCGAGGGGGGGGAGGAGGACCUUCUGAGACACCUGGGCCUGGAGAGGAACCUGCAACAGUACCAGUACCUGAUCAAAGGAAACUGUCCCAAAGUGAGCUCCAUCAACGAUCGCAGUGACUGGAAGGUAGUGAGGAAAGCCUUGACUGUGAUUGGCUUCAGUCAGGACGAGGUGGAGGAGUUGCUGAACAUAAUCGCCAGCGUGCUCCACCUUGGCAAUGUGCAGUACAAUGGCGAAGAAAGCAAUGCCUGCAUCACUUCUGACCUUCAGAUAAAGUACCUGUCCAGGUUGUUAGGAGUGAAUGGGUCGAUGCUGACGGAGGCGCUCACACACAAGAAGAUUAUUGCCAAGGGAGAGGAGCUGAUGAGCCCGCUGAAUCUCGAGCAGGCAUCGUCAGCUCGGGACGCUUUAGCCAAAGCGGUGUACGGACGCACCUUCACCUGGCUGGUUAACAAGAUCAACACGUCUCUGGCAUACACGGGAGACUCUUACAAGAAUUACUCUGUCAUCGGCCUGCUGGACAUCUAUGGCUUUGAGGUCUUCCAGCACAACAGCUUUGAGCAGUUCUGCAUCAACUACUGUAACGAGAAGCUGCAGCAGCUUUUCAUUGAGCUCACCCUGAAGUCUGAGCAGGACGAGUACGAGGCCGAAGGCAUCACGUGGGAGCCGGUGCAGUACUUCAACAACAAAAUCAUCUGUGACCUGGUGGAGGAGAAGUUUAAAGGCAUCAUCUCCAUUCUGGAUGAGGAGUGUCUGAGGCCUGGGGAUGCCAGUGAUUUCACCUUCCUAGAGAAGCUGGAGGACACAGUGGGAGGACACCCACACUUUGUCACUCACAAACUGGCCGAUGCAAAGACCCGGAAGGUAAUGGGCCGUGAUGAAUUCAGACUGCUGCAUUACGCAGGAGAGGUCAACUACAAUGUCAAUGGAUUUUUGGACAAGAACAACGACCUGCUGUUCAGGAACCUAAAAGAGGUUAUGUGUAUGUCAGAGAACAAGAUCCUGACGCAGUGCUUUGACCGGGAAGAGCUGAGUGACAAGAAGCGCCCUGAUACGGCAGCCACCCAAUUCAAAUCCAGUCUGGCGAAACUCAUGGAGAUCCUCAUGUCCAAGGAGCCGUCGUACGUGCGCUGCAUCAAGCCCAAUGACUCCAAGCAAUCAGGUCGAUUUGAUGAGGUAUUGAUCCGUCAUCAGGUCAAGUAUCUGGGACUGAUGGAGAAUCUGAGGGUGAGGAGGGCUGGCUUUGCCUACAGACGCCGCUAUGAAGUCUUCCUGCAGAGAUACAAGUCCCUGUGUCCAGAGACGUGGCCCAACUGGAAUGGGAAGCUUUCGGAUGGAGUUUCCACUCUGGUCAAACACUUGGGGUACAAGCCUGAGGAGUACAAAAUGGGCAGAUCCAAAAUCUUCAUCCGCUUUCCAAAGACCUUGUUUGCCACUGAGGAUGCACUGGAGACCAGGAAACACAGUCUCUCCACCAAGCUGCAGGCAGGAUGGAGAGGCUACAGCCAGAAGUGCAAAUACCAAAAACUCAGAACCUCAGCUAUUGCGAUCCAGGCAUGGUGGAGGGGGAUCCUGGCCAGAAGGAGGGCUCAGCGUAGGCGACAGGCAGCAAAUACCAUCCGCAGGUUCAUCAAAGGCUUCAUCUACCGUCACAAGGAGCGCUGUCCAGAGAACGAGUAUUUCCUGGAUUAUGUGCGCUACUCUUUCCUCAUGAAGCUCCACAAAAACCUGCCCAAAAACGUCCUGGACAAGAGCUGGCCCACACCUCCAGCUGCUCUCACUGAGGCGUCUGAGCAUUUACGUAAGAUGUGCAUGCAGAACAUGGUUUGGAGUUACUGCAAGAAGAUCAGUCCUGAGUGGAAACAUCAGAUGGAGCAGAAGAUGAUCGCCAGUGAGAUCUUCAAGGACAAGAAGGACAACUACCCACAGAGCGUGCCCAAGCUGUUUGUCAGCACGAGGCUCAACGGUGAGGACCUCAACCCCAAAGUGGUGCAGGCCCUGGGCAGUGAGAAGAUGAAGUAUGCAGUCCCAGUCACCAAGUACGACAGGAGGGGUUACAAACCCCGCCACCGGCAGCUGCUGCUCACUGCCAACAGUGCCGUUAUCGCAGAGGAGGGCAAGCUCAAGCAGCGCAUUGACUACGGAGCUCUGAAAGGCAUCUCAGUCAGCUCCCUCAGUGACGGCUUAUUUGUCCUGCACGUGCCCAGUGACGACAACAAGCAGAAGGGAGAUGUGGUUCUGCAGAGCGACCACGUUAUCGAGACCUUGACGAAGCUCGCCAUCUGCGCUGACAAAAUCAACAGCAUCAACAUCAACCAGGGCAGUAUAAAGUUUGCUCUGGGUCAGGGGAAGGAGGGGAUCAUAGACUUCACACCUGGAUCAGAAUUACUGGUGGCCAAAGCAAAGAAUGGACACUUGUCUGUGACGGCUCCCAGACUGAACUCCAGAUGAUGGCCAUGCUGACCACGCACACCAGGACCCAUGUACUCCUGACCUCUGCCAUCCACCAAUCACAUGACUGCAGACUCGGCUCUGCUUAAGCCAAUCAGAUGCAAGCUGUCAGUACAUGGGUGGCAUGCAUUUCCGAUUUAAACAAACAAAACUAUAAAAAUCCAGCUAAACUAAUUGAUAUAUUUAUGUUUAUAUAUAAUAUUUUUUGGGAUUAAUACAUUGCUGUUUAAAUAUUCUGAUUUUUAUAUAUGAGGCCAAGGGAUAACAAAUAUAUUUGGUGCAAUUUUCUUGCACCAGCGGUGUUUAUUGUGCUUUAUAUGGGAACAUGACCAAGAAAACAAUGAGGGACAAGUUAGAAGGGGACUGUUGUUGAUGAAAGUCAGGGUUAGCUGUUGCCUCUUAUUUUUUUUUUUUUUCCCCCUGUUUACUUUUUUUUUGCUCGUUUGUCUUCCUGACACUACUUUAACUGGGGCAGGCGGCUUCUUGCGGAGUGUUAAGAACAAGGAUUGACAGCAUGUAGGACGGCUGUUGAGAGGUUUGAGGAUGAGGAACAGCAACUUUUCAAUCAUACAGUAAAGAUUUGACGCCAAAGAGGCCGGAAGUGUCAGACUGUGGCUGAAAAUAUCUGAAUAAAUAGUUGAAUUUACUACUGAAUAUACGUUCAAAGAAAUUUGUACAGUGUUUGAGGAAGAAGAGAGCUAAACGUGAGAGACUCACCACGGCAUAUACUGUAAAUGCUGCAAGAAAAGAACAAAGUAAGUGAGACGGGCUUGUGGUAAAGGCAAGAGAAAGAUAAAAAGAGAGGCGCGAGAACGCAGUGGUGGUUCGCCUUGACGCUCGGUGCUUGUGCCUUUCUCCUUGACUAUUUAUUUACAACAGUUCGAGAGCUCUUCGCCGACACGUGAGAACCGCGAGGCUCAAACAAGUCGAGUUAAGUGCAGAUAGAAACCCACCAUCCUCUGAAUGAAUGUUGGACCGGCGGCAGCAGCAGCUGCACCUACAGCACACUUCACUGGUUCACAACCGCAGGGUCCCGCCUUCUUUCUCUGUGCCAUCUGCCCUGCCUCCUCACCGCCUCUUAGACUGAACUACACAGGUCUCACAGCUGAUCAGAGCUUCACCAGUCCUGAUAGCCAAAAGCAUGUUGUAUUUUUUUUUUUUUAAUAACUGUAGGCCUAAAUUCAAAACGUUGUGUCAAACUAAACAUUUUAAAACUGUAUUUGGUGCUGUAGCAGCUGUACUUUAAUGUUGGGUUAAGCUGUUAAUGGCUGGGUGUUGGCAUUGUGGAGAAGGCUCUUACACUUUAAUAGGACAUAUGAAGCUACAUUCAGGAAGCAGCUAGCUUGAGUUGCAAAAAAAUAAAUGAAUAAAUUUGCAGGCUUAGGAGAAAUGAAUCGCUUGAUUUGUGGGAAAGACUUUUUGUUUGAUUUAUGAGAAAUUUCUAGGAAACCUGCAUCCAGAAGUUGUUGUUGUUGUUUAAAUCCUUCUUCAUGACUUGGUUUUAUAAAAGUUAAUGAAAUGAAAAUUAAAAUGAAACUUUGAGCUUUAGAAAUGCUGAUAGGCAUGUAUAUAUGUUUACAUUCCAAUAAUGCCUGUUGAAUGGCUAGAUUUUGGCUAAUAGGUGAAAUCAAGCUGCUUCCUUACUGUAGCUUCAUAAUGUAAUCACACAUGCCCCCCCCCCCCCCCCUAUACACACACACAUACACACACAAAAACAGGUAAACUUUUCUGAGCAAGAAUUCAUCUGAAAUUCUAAGAAAAUGUCGUCUGACACAAAUUCUCACAGCAAAAGUUGUUCAAAUUUAAUAAUCCUGUAGUUCAGUUUAGACGUCUGUUUAGCCCUAACUCUGACCUUUGACCCCUGAAGCUGAGACCAAAAACUAAUGGAGGAAAAGUUGUGCUAUCAAAAACUUUUGAGAGGAGCUCCAAAAUGUUUGUUUGAUAUCAGAACUUUUCUGUGCGUGGCUCUGGGUGGUGAGGUGGGUGCAGCAGGACGCUGCUGCUGCUGCUGCUGCUGCUGCGAGUAUUAGCCAAAGGCCCUGUUGAUUUCUAGUGAUUCUGUUGUAUGAUUAAUAUGACAUGAUUGUGUUAUUAAUGAUUUAGGAGGUGUAAAUGUACAUGUUUUUGUUUUUGUUUUAAAUGAGUGACUCAAGCCAAGUGAGGUUUGAUGAUGUGAAACGUUCGGGGAGAAGACGCAUUUUAGUGUUAACGCAAACUUGUUCAUGUGCCUUUGUUAAAAUAGCAAUAUAAGAUCUGUGUGGGAAGAGGAAAGAGGGGAAGAGUUUGACUGCCAGGGGGGGUGUUCCCUCUCUCUGUAUAAGCUUCAUGUAAACCAAGUCUGUUGAUCAUCAGAUGCACUCCUGUUUUCAGUCCUGACUUACUGUAUCCACCAAACCCAUGUAUAAUUAUGCCAACACACUAAACAAUGAGAUACCUAGGAUUUGAAGAAUAAAUACAUUUGAAAAAUAAAUACAAA